UGGAAGUGGACAUUGGCCUGGUGAGUUUCUUUGGAGAGGAGCUGAAUUGCUGUGCAUGGAGGGAGCCAGGAAUUAGAGGCCAGGAAAAACAUGGAGGAACACAGCCCAGAAGCAAUAGUCACUGAAAAGGAGAGAGUAGAGGCAGGAGGGAAAACUUCUCAUGUCAUCCAAGUUGGAAACAUCAGGCAGUUUCUGUCUGGUGCUAAUCCAUACCAGGUUAAGCAGGAGCCAGAGGAGGGUCUACAGCAGCACUGGAAGUUUCCAUGGCAGAACUUUGUGAAAACAAUGCAGGCCUCUCGCUCAGGGAGGAAAAACCCACCUCAGUCUCAGUCAGGGGAAGGGCUGAGGGAACGUCCAGCCUCCUUCAGGGCAGCAGCUAACACCAGCCAGUGGCCUAGAAGACUGGGAGUGACCCAAACCUGUCUGGGUGGAAAAGAUGGUGAAGUUUGCGAUCAGUUCAUUUCCUCUGUAAAAGUGAAGGAAGAAAUGGUGGAUGAGGAAGAGCCCGUCACCUUGGAGAUGGAGCGCCAGCACUUCCGAGGGUUCUGCUACCAGGAGGCUGAGGGGCCUCGAGAGGUCUUCAUUCAGCUCCAGGAACUUUGCUAUCAGUGGCUGAAGCCAGAGAGGCACUCCAAGGAGCAAAUCCUGGAGCUGCUGGUUCUGGAGCAGUUCCUAAUUAUCCUGCCCCCGGAAAUGCAGAGCUGGGUCAAGGAAUGCGCUCCAGAGAGUUGCGCCCAGGCGGUGGCCCUGGCAGAGGAAUUCUUGCUGCGGCUGCAGGAGGCAGAGGGACUGGAAGAAAAGAUGUCAUGGCCUUUGGAAGAUGUAACUGUUAAUUCUCCAAAGUCCGAGCAAGCUCCAUCAGAGGUGAUGAAUGUACAGCUCUCUGCUGAGGCUGAGGAAGAGAGUGAUGGGGAGGCCAAUUUUCUGGGCAAUGACCAAGCAUGUGAAAACGAGGAGGAACCCUUCCCUUUCAAAAGACAUCCACAAAUAGGCCUCAGCGGACUGUCCUUGGCAAGACUCAAUGGGAAAUUUUUCCAAGUCUGUGAGUUAGAAGAGAUGGCUGGAAGUCAGCAGAGACAAGAAAACCGCCAGGAAGGCCAGAUGGCAAAACAAGCUUUCCUUUGUGGAAAAAGAGAUGAAGGUUUAUCAGGAACCACCUUCCAGGAGGGAAGCCAUAAAGCAAAGAGAAAACGGACUGGUCCCAACUGGGGAACAGUCUUACGUCAAAGCUUUGACUUUCCAAGGAAUCAGAAAAUGCAAAAGUUAUAUACAUGCACGUAUUGUGGGAAAAUCUCUAACAACAGCGCACACAUGAUAAUUCAUGAGAGGACCCAUACAGGCGAGAAACCAUAUAAAUGCUCUGAAUGUGGGAAAUGCUUCAGUACAAACUGUAACCUCAUGAAGCACACGAGAGUCCACACCGGUGAGAAGCCGUAUAAAUGCUUAGACUGUGGGAGAAGCUUCAGUGACAAAGCUUCUCUUAUUGUACAUGAAAGAACCCACACGGGAGAGAAACCCUAUGAGUGCCCAGAGUGUGGGAAAAGCUUCACCUCAAGUUCCAACCUCAUAACGCACAAAAGAGUCCACACUGGAGAGAAACCUUACAAAUGUUCUGAGUGUGGGCAAAGCUUCGUCCACAGACCACAACUUGUCAUACACAUCCGAACACACACGGGGGAGAAGCCGUAUGAAUGUUUAGAGUGUGGCAAAAGCUUCAAUCAGAAAGCCGAUCUUAUUAUCCAUGGGCGAACGCAUACAGGGGAAAAGCCAUAUGAAUGUGCUGAGUGUGGGAAGAGUUUCAUUUCUAGCUCAUAUCUUAGAAAACAUGAAAGGCUGCACACAGGGAAAAAAGCUCAAACUGGGGAAGAAACCCAUAAAUGUACAUACUGCCGGAAGAGCUUCAUCAGCCGGUCUAAACUUCUCAUCCAUGAGCGAACACAUACGGGAGAGAAGCCGUUUGAAUGUGGCGAGUGUGGGAAAAGUUUCAGCACGAGCUCUAACCUUGUCAAUCACAAAAGAGUACACACAGGAGAGAAACCAUUCCAGUGUUUAGAUUGUGGGCAGAAGUUCAGUACUAACUCUAAUCUCGUCAAUCAUAGAAGGGUGCACACAGGAGAGAAACCGUAUGAAUGCUCCGAUUGUGGACAGAGUUUCGGUCAUAAAGCAUCUCUUAGGAGGCACAAGAGAAUCCACGCAAGAGAGACAACCACUUGAGUGCUUGAAUUCUGGACAAAGGUGUUGAUACUGACCCUUGGUGUAAGUUAGAGGUGGGCUGUUUCAGAAAAAGGAUUGUUUGUUUACAACCUGAUACAGCACCAGAUGCCCCUUUUACAGAAGAUCAAAAUGCAGACUGGCAUCGGGACAGAGAAUUUUAUAAACAAAGCAUGGUCUGUUUAUUCACAGGGCUUCGUUCAGAGGACAGAAAUGAAGCCAUUUCUUACAAGCUCAUGUAUCCCACAAUGUCACAAAACUGAGCACCAGUUUUUCCAAGUUAUACAGGUUCACGGGUCAUAAAAUAUUUCUUGUUUCUUAGGUUAUUAGAUGUAUAAAUGACCUCAGUUUGCAAGGGUUUGUGCAGACCUGGCCAUUCCUGUUGAGUUGCAGGCUCUCUCCACCUGGUGUGAGCUGAGGUUUAUGUUGAACAAAGGGUCACACGGGCAACAGGUCAGUGAUCCAUAGAUGAUGUGGCUUCCGUUUUGCUGAGUCAGCUUUCCCCCCUAGACUCUUGUGGCCUGUAAGAAGAAAAGAACAAGAGUCCAGUAGCACUUACAAGACUAACAAAAUUUGUGGUAGGGUACGAGCUUUGGUGAGUCACAGCUCACUUCUUCAGAGCUUCAUUUCUUCACAAAAGCUCAUACCCUACCACAAAUUUUGUUAGACUGAACUCUUGGUCUUUUCUGCUGCUACAGACAGACUAACACGGCUACCUAUCUUAAUCUGUGGCCUAUUAGGGUAUGCUAAAUGUACAAAGGGAAGAUUACACACUCAGGAUGUCUUAACGAUUAUGGCAGAAUGAAUCCUUCUAGGGACUCUAUCACCAAAAAUCAUUUACCUGUGUAGCACCCUUCUUUAAAUCUCUACACUCUCUGCUCUCGUAUCCAGAACGAGUUCCUCAUACUUGUCUCCAAAGCCAUCCAUGGCCUUGUCCCCCACAUGACGUCUCAUGCCCAAUACGUCCCUUCCCAUGGCCUCUCCUUCUUGGGCUGCGCCACCUUCAGCUGCCCAAAGCUCAGCUGGUCCCAGAAAUGACUCUUCCCUUUCUUCCCCUGCUGCCCGUUGUGCUUGGAACCACCUACCAGUACACUCAGGUUCCUGGCUCUCUCUCUCACUCUAUUCCUUCAGAUCCCUCUUCAAGACUCACGCUUUCCAUAAAGAAUUUGACACCCCCCCCAAAUCUGCACCAUGAGCUGGACACAUGCCUGUGUAACCAGAGAAAGACAGGCCCUUCUCAUUCACCCUCUGCUCAGUCUCUUAGGACAGGGUCUUGGUGGUCUCUUGGUCCGCUACAGAGCACCAUAUGCAUUGGUAUGUUCGUGCCAUCAAGUUGCAACUGACUUAUACUGACCCCAGUAAGGGACCUUCAAGGCAAGUGAGGAGCAGAGGUAGUUUGCCCAUCCCUUCCUCUCAGAGUCUUCCUUGGUAGUAUCUCAUACAAGUACUGAGAUCUUAUGAGAUUGGGCUAUACCAUACCAUUUUGCACCCCUGUAUGCAUUGAUAGCCCUAUAUAAAUAGUAAAAUUAACAAAUGAUGGUGGUGGUCUGUAUGGCCCCUUCCAACUCUAUGAUUCUAUGAUGUGGUUCUGAGUUUGUAUUCUUCAGAGCAUCUGAAGAUCAAGAUCUGAAGGCCAAGAUCUACCUAACCCAGAAUUCUUUGCAAGAAUUUCAACACUGAACAGUACUAGACAGUCCACUAGAAACUGAUAAAGUACAACAGAUUAAGGCAUGAUCUACAUGGGCAGCCCAAUUUGGAAGCAGAAUGCUAAGAUGUUGGAAGGGAUGUCAGAAUGCAGGUGGAGAAUGCUGUUUUCAAAUACCCUUGUGUAGAAAAAAAUCCCCACCAGAGAAAACUAGCACAUCCAGGAGAAAGCCCAUAUUACUCCUUGCUGUGCUAGUUUUCCAUUUGUCAGAACUUUUUUAAAAAAACAUUUAGGAGUCCUUAAUUUUUUUUUGAAUGCAUUGCUUUCUCAGAGCAUGUGGAAUUGGGAGCUAGAGACUGACGCUUCAUUGUAUCCCAUUCAGUUUGAUCUAGGGUUGGAGGGAUGGUUUAUAGACGGAUAUCCCCGCCUGAAGCAAUCCUUUUCCCAUGGCAGAAUAGCAGGCAGUUGCGGCCUUUGUCACUACACACAGAAUGCAGUGUGAUGCUUGUGUUCUGAACAAAGGCCCCAGUGCAUGCAGUUCUCCAUGCAAGGGGUUCCAAUUUCAGUCCCUGAAAUCUCCGGUUAAAAAGAUUUCCAGUGCUGGGGAAAACUCUUCUCUGCCUAAGACUGUUCAGCAAAACUGCUACCAAUCUGGGAAAAUAACUCAUUUAGAUGAACCAAUGAUGGUAUAAGCUAGUUUCACAUGUUCAUGCAAGGAUAAUUAUUGUCUCGGAAAUCACCAUAGAUCAGCAGGUAGAGCCCCUCCCUUGAAUGAAGAAGAUUCCAAGUUCAGUCUUUGGCGCCCCGAGUUGAAAGUUCUUAGGUAGCAGGUAGUGCUUCUGGGGUCUCUCUGUCUGUGCUCUGAUAGAAAGCCAGUGUAGUGUAGCAGUGAGAGAAUCAGGAAGACCCACAAUCAAACCCUCACUUUCCCCUGAAACUCACUGGGUCAGUCGCUCUCUCUCAACUUAGUCUAUCUCACACGAUUGUUCUGAGGAUAAACUAGAGAAUGUCUGCUACCCUAAGAUGCUGGUAUCCCACCCUUCAUCUGGGGAGCUUUGAGUGACCUGCGUGGUUCUCUUCGCAUCCAUUUUAUCAUCACAAUAAUCCCGUGAGUGAGGUAAGAGCCCAAAGGAGUGAGCUUCCAUGGCACAGCGAGGAGAUGAAGUUCGGCUUCUUCAGUCCUAUUCUGAUAGUUUGUCCACCAGGCCUCAUUUGACUUCUAAAGAUGAGAACGGUCACACCAUUCCCCGCUCCUGCUGUGCGGGACCUUCGUUGCCUAGGCCAAGGGACUAUGAGCAGAACCACAAGUGACAAAAGGCACAGAUUGGACACUAGUCAGCUUCCUUCAAGUUUUGAUGGGAAAUGUAGGCAUCCUGGUCUCGCAGCUUCGCUCUCUGACUGCUGUCCAGUGGACUUUUCAACUGUCACUUGUCCAACAUUCCGCCAAGCUGCCUACAUUUCCCAUCAAAACUGGAGGGAAGCAGACAAGUGUCCAACCUGUGUCAGGCGUCACUUGUUGUCCUGCUCUAUGUCUAGCAGUAGAGAACUCACGCGUAGCUAAGUGAGGUGAUGAUCCAUGGUGGAUUUGACAUAGUAUACCCUAGCGUAAGACAUAGUGAGCACUUGGUAAUAUCCUAGUUUUGUCUUUCAUUACUUGAGUUUGAUGGUUCAUCGGCUGUAU